UUCUCGUUUUGGCUCAAGUUUUAGUUCUUCACAACCUCUUGAUACUUCAGUAGAUUACUUAAUCAUUGGUGGUGUUGGAUUGGUCGUUGCUGAACGAUUGUCAAAAGAAAAGGAAAAUCUACCCUAUUAUAGUGAGCCAUUCAGAGAUUCUGUGAUAAAGGAAGAAACUGAAUAUGAACUUGAUAGAUUUGUAAAAUUGGUUGGAAUCGAAAGCCCAGGUUUAACUUCUUCCUUGGCUAUUGCUAAAAUGGUUGAUAAUAAUUUUUAA